AUGGAUAUCUCUCUCACCAGUGUCGACGAUGAAGCUACAAGGACUUCUGCAUCGGAGGGAUUGGAGGAGGGAGAAGUGGAAGGAGAGACCCUUUUGCUAGUUGAGUCUGAGGACCAGGCGUCUGUUGACUUGUCUCAUGAUCAGAGUGGUGAUUCCUUGAACAGUGAUGUGGGUGAUGAUGUGGACCCGCCGUGGAUGGAAGAAGUGCCUUUUUAUUGUGACAAAUGUCAGAAGUGGAUUCCAGCAAGUCAACUGAAAGGCGAUUCUCCGAGUUAUCUAAAAGGAGAUAACUACUUCAAAUUCACAUGCUCUCCUUGUUCGGAAGAUGGCAAAGAGCAAUUUGAGCGUUUGAGGCUAACGUGGCAGCAGGUGGUCAUGCUGGCCAUGUACAACCUCUCACUGGAGGAAACUGGCCGUCAAGGUUAUUUCAGAUGGAAAGAAGACAUCUGUUCUUUUAUUGAGAAACACUGGAACUUCUUGCUUGGAAGCAGGAAGAAGACCUCAACCUGGUGGAGCACUGUCGCUGGAUGCCUUUCAGUAGGGAGCCCUUUGUUCUUUAGGUCUGGAGCUCAGGAAUUUGGUGAGCCUGGAUGGUGGAAACUGGUGCACAACAAGCCUCCCAUCAUGAGACCUGAGGGAGAAAAGUAUUCCACUGCUGUACAGAAAUCAAAGGUUGCGGUGAAGACUUCCCUUGAUCCUGUUAUCACGGUGGAAGGUCUCCGGAAGAGAGCGAGCCGAAAUCCAGUUGAGUCAGCAAUGGAGCUGAAGGAAAAACGGUCACGCACGCAAGAAGCCAAGGACAUAAGGAGAGCACAAAAGGAGGCUUCUGGCUUUGUGGAUCGUAGUACUUCCUCCACUCCAGUGAAAUUCUCUAGUGGCAGGAGCCGUCGCCCUGAUAUUAUGCUAGAGAAGGGCGAAGUGAUCGAUUUCUCAUCCCUCAGUUCCUCUGACCGAACACCUAUGACUAGUCCUUCUCCUUCUCCAUCUUUAGAUUUCUCUGCUCCAGGGACACCGGCUUCUCAUUCUGCCACUCCAAGUCUUCUUUCUGAGGCUGAUCUCAUCCCUGAUGUUAUGCCGCCACAAGCGCUGUUUCAUGAUGAUGAGGAGUUGGAAGCAGACAGUGUAAUUGAUCCUGGGAUGGAAUACAUACCUCCUACCAGUGCCUCGCUUGCUGGUUCCUCUACACCAAUAUACCGCAAGAAGGUUAAAAACCCUCUACAGAUCAAACAAGAGAUAGAAAGUGAAGAGGAGAGAUCUGAGAGGGUUGAAGGAGAAAUGCCUGAAGAUUCUUGGCGGGAAAGAAAGCGCAAGAAGAAAGGGCCCCUGCCCACAGAUGGCGAUAAGAGCAAAGGCACACAGCACAAUGCUAUAAGCCUUUAUGAGGAAAAACUUCUUUUGAAGCGCCUUGAGGCCUGCCCAGAUGCAGUGGAAAUAACUGCCGAGGCCAGGAGACUCAGGCGCAAGCUUCUCAUCCGUCAGGCCAAGCGGGAGAGAGGGUUACCCCUCUUUGACUUAGAUCAAGCAGUGAAUGCUGCCCUUCAACUGGUAGGUGGAGUGUAUGGAGCUAGGGAAGGGUCUGUCUCAAGACCAGUACCCUCCGGUCCAGAGUAUCGGGCAACAACACAAGACUACAGAAUCUUGGACAGGUACCAGACCGCAUUGCCAAUCACAAAGGGACAUCGGCACGCAGCAACACGAUUUGUGUACAGAUUGGGAGGCUCAGAAGACAAGGAUGCAGACCUCAGCAUUGUUAGCCCCUUUACUGCCAGAGUCUUGAAGCCUUACAUAAGACGCGACUAUGAGACAAAAACACUGAAGCAGCAGCUCCUGGCAGAGAUUCAAUCCUAUACUCAAAGAAAUGAGCCCGACUGGCAACCAGAGGCAGAAUCUCCUAUCGAUUACUGUUAUGUCCGUCCCAGCCACAUACCCACCAUUAACUCCAUAUGCCAAGAAUUCUUUUGGCCUGGCAUAGAUCUCUCGGAAUGUUUGCAGUAUCCAGAUUUCAGCGUCGUAGCGCUGUACAAAAAGGUUGUAGUUGGUUUUGGUUUCAUGGUCCCAGACGUGAAGUAUAACGAGGCCUACAUCUCAUUCUUAUUUGUGCAUCCUGAAUGGAGGAGAGCCGGCAUUGCUACGUUUAUGAUCUACCACCUUAUACAGACUUGUAUGGGGAAGGACGUCACGCUGCAUGUUUCUGCCAACUCGUCAGCAAUGCUGCUCUACCAGAAGUUUGGAUUUAAGACAGAAGAGUACAUCUUGGACUUCUAUGAUAAAUAUUACCCUUUGGACAGCAAGGAAUGCAAGCACGCCUUUUUUCUGCGGCUGCGGAGGUGAUGCAGAUACUGGAGACAUCGAUAAAACUCACUUGAAACAUCCAUUGACCUAAAUUGUAGGCAAUUUAUUUCAGGGCAGAAAAGUCCUGCCUUACAUAAGAAAAGAAAUAGCUGUCCAGAAAAGGAAGACUCAUCUGUGUUUGUAAGAAUUGCUGCGACGUGUAUAAUGCUUGCCUCUAGACAAAAUCAUGUUUUCUACCUAAACGUAUAGACGCCAUUUACCCAGUUGGAACCAACAAAUAUUAAAGGACAAGAAAAUCUCAAGUCACCAGGGAGUCACAGUUAGGCUAAUGAAUAAGUUGCUACAUUUAUUCACUAGACCUAGACAUGCACAGUUUACUAAUGUUUUCUGAAAUUUCUGCAUGGCCCAAUAAGCCUAAAGUCUGUGCAAGAGAUGCCUGAUAAGAACAGGUAAGAUGGCGGCAUGGAACUGCUUUAGGGUAAGGGCACACACUAAGAUUCUGGGAGAUUGUCGCCCAGUGACAAAUCACCUCUUCCUCGUGAGGCGACUUUGGAAAACAAAGCUCUCCGAGUGCCGUCCCGCCGGCGAUUUACAUUCUAGCCGACGGGAAGGCUUUUCAGGGAUAUUUGUCGCCCGAAGAAGAGGUGAUUUGUCGUCGGGCAACUAAAUCUCGCCGAAUUUUAGCACUUGUACACUUACCUUUAGGGUCUGGCAACACGAGCAGAUUCAGGGAGAUUAGUUGCCCCAGCAACAAAUCUCCUCUUCUUCGCGGCGACAAUCCCCCCAAACUGCCUUCCCUCUGCUGGCUAAAAUGAAAAUCGCAUGGGGGAAGGCACACACGGCACUUUAUUUUUUGAAGUCGCUCGAAGGCAGGGGGAAGGCAGUUCGGGGAGAUUGUCACCCCAAAGAAGAGGAGAUUUGUCGCUGUGGCGACUAACCUCCCCGAAUCUUGUGGCCAGACCCUUAGAAGUUUCCCCGGCUGGUAUGUUUUUUUUUUUCUGAAAAGAAGCACAAGCCUCUGGAAUAAACUUUUUAAUUGACUAAUAUAACAUAUGGACACCCAUAAAUAAUUUCCUGGCUGUAAGUAAUGAUUUAUCCUUUGUUUCCUUACUGAGCUGCAAGUUUAAGUGACCUUAUCAAUGGUAUCAUUUUAAGAAGAAAGAAGGAAUUGAUUACAAAGAUGUCUGAAUGGAACAAUAAAGCCCUUUAGCUGAA